AUGGUGUCUGUGGCUUCUUUGUUGCAACUGGCUUUCGCCGGACUAGCUCUGAUCCCGCUCUCUGCAGCCGCAGCCGUCGAUACUCAAGGCCGUUGCAAGUUUCCAUCUCUCAUCGAUGCAACCGCGGAAGAGCUUCAAGAUGGCUUAUCGCAGAAAUGUUUUACCAGCGUUGAGCUGGUCACAGCAUAUCUCGUAAGGAUUAGAGAGGUGAACAGACAGUUGCAUGUCGUCUCGGACUUCAACCCAGAUGCCCAUCUGAUUGCUGUACGGCUCGACAGCGAGCGUCGCCGUGGAAAGAUUCGAGGGCUGCAAACAACCUCCGGCUCCUACGCUCUAUACAACGCAAAAUUACACGAGGAUGCGACGGUUGCGAAAAAGCUGAGAGACGCCGGCGCCAUUAUCUUGGGCAAAGCUAACCUAUCACAAUGGGCAAAUUUCCGAUCAUUAAAUAGCAGUAGUGGCUGGAGUGCAUAUGGAGGCCAGGUCACCGCCGCAUAUUAUCCCCAGCAGGACCCUAGCGGAAGCUCCAGCGGCAGUGGCGUAGCUUCUGAUCUUGGCUUGGCUUGGGCGACCCUAGGCACAGAGACCAGUGGUAGCGUUGUUGGCCCCGCCUCAAGCAAUAACGUCGUUGGAAUCAAGCCAACCGUCGGCUUGACCUCCCGACACCUUGUUGUUCCCAUCAGCUCUCACCAAGAUACAAUCGGACCCCUGGCGAGAACAGUCAAGGACGCGGCCAUCCUUCUCCAGGCGUUUGCCGGACGAGACAAGAACGACAACUACACCUCCGCCAUUCCGUUUUCUCGUCUACCAAAUUAUGUCUCCGCGUGCAAGCCGUCAGCGUUACAAGGGAAACGCAUCGGAGUUCCAUCCAAUGUCUUAGCGGUAUUGGCUGGAAGCCCAGCACAUAAACCCGUCCUCGACGCUUUCAACUCUGCUCUUUCGGUUAUGGAAGAAGCCGGGGCAACAAUCGUCAGGGACGCCAACUUUACUGCCUAUGAAGAAUAUGUCACCAGUGACGCCCCCUACAGAGUUCUUUUGGCAGAUUUCAUCAGUGAUCUUGCACACUACCUUUCCCAGUUGAAAGUGAACCCCAGAAAUGUACACAGUCUAGCAGAUGUCCAGAGAUUUACCCAAUCAUUCCCCCCAGAAGAUUAUCCCGACCGUGACACCGGGGUUUGGGAUUUCGCCCUCGAGCUAGGAACCAACAACACUUCCCCCGAAUUCUGGCCCUAUUACCAAAAGAGCUAUGCCUUCGGGGACGAAGGUGGAAUCCUCGGUGCGCUUAAACGACAUAACCUUGACGCUGCAGUCCUUCCAACUGACAUCGCAUAUGAUGUCCCUGGACUCGUCGGCUCUCCAAUCAUUAGCGUCCCACUUGGAGCGUUCCCGGAAGGGCAGGAGAUCAUGCACAAUCCCCGUGGAGAUCUCGUCGCCGCUGCACCUGGCAUUCCCUUUGGAAUUGGUUUCAUGGGCAAACACUGGAGCGAGGAGGAACUGAUUGGAAUGGCGUAUGCUUUUGAGCAGAAGACCCAGGUUCGAGGCAAGUUGAAGAGGUAUAUAGAGCCAAAAACGGAGCUGAGGCGCUAA